UUUAACCUUUAAACAGACUGGAGUUUUAUCUUUGUUUGAUAGUGGUAGUGUGAGAUGUUAACAGACUAUGGACCAUAGCUAGAUGGGUGUUUUUGUUCAGCUCUAAAAUUAAGUCAACCAGCAUUAAAACAAAUACCAAAACAUUGAAGGUGAAAAGAUCUAGUGUCUGUGUUUGUAAAUUUCAUUCAGUAAAAUGGCAACCUUUUCACAAUCGACUCUUGUCAAGGAAUCUGACAUUUUCCAAGACUUCUUGUGCUCGGCCUGUCAAGGCAAAAAACUGGAUAAAAUGGCUGAUUUCUACUGUGAAUCAUGUUUGGAGUUUUACUGUGGGAAUUGUAUUAACCUGCACAGCCAGUUGUUUACAAAUCAUGCCACCUUUGGAAGGGAACACAUGAAGAAAUGGCCAGUGGCCAAGAAGGUGGAAGAUUUCCUUCUGAAAUGUGAUGUCCAUAAAGAAGAAAACGUAAAAAUGUUUUGCGAUGAACACAGUGAGCUGUGCUGCACAAAUUGUGCAUUCCUUAAUCACAGACACUGUCCAAAGGUAACUCUUAUAUCGGACAUAGUAAAAAUCCAGUCCACAGACCUUAAAAAACUGUCAGAUUCUAUCCAAACAAUUCUAGAAGAAAUGAGAAAACUUCAAUGCAACCAAGAGGCUAGCCUUCAGUAUGUGCACAAUUCAUUUGAUGAGCAGUUACAAAAGAUACAUGAAACUCGGCGAAAAAUAAAUGCAGCUUUAGACACGAUUGAACAGAAGACACUGCAUGAAAUGAAAGAUACGCUGACAAAACUGCAAGCCUCUCGCAAAGAUGAUAUUGACAAAUAUAUCAGUCUUCAGGAUGAAUUGAAACAACUUCGAGAUGCCAUUCAGGACAUAAGUGAUAAAAGCAAGCUGGAACUAUCCUUUAUAGCCACCAGGAAAUGCAAGGACAAAAUACAGCAUUGUGAAACCUUUUUAAAGAAGAACUCUCUUGGGAAUAAAGUUUCAAUAACAUUCCUGCCUAACAUUGAUAUUGUACAGUACUUGUCCAAACUGUCAGAUCUUGGAAAGAUUGAACACAGUGCCCAGACAUUGAUGGUACAAGAGAAUCCAAACAAAGUGUUCACUGUGAAGGGCAAGUCUGAACAUAAUGUAACAAUACCAAGUGAUUUAGAGGUAUGCGAUUUCCGUGCCAUCUGUGUCCUCUCAGAAGGACAGGUCCUGGUAGCAGACAGUGAUAAUAAAACAAUCAAGCUGCUUGACCAGCAGUACCUGGAGGUGGUGAGUCACUGUAGUGUGACAAUAUUGCCAUAUGCUAUGUGUCAGAUCACACCCAGUGAAGUGGCUGUGACUUUGAGAAUUGAGGUCCAGUUCAUUACAGUCAACAACAGGAAGCUGGUGACAGGAAGGAAGCUUCAGUUAAAACAUGCAUGUUUCGGUAUUGCCUGCCACAAGGAAGACCUGUAUAUUACUGAUCAGACAGCACUCUACAAGUACACGCUGAGUGGGAAAAAAGUCAGCAAGAUGUUCGAGGAUAAAUCAGGUCCAUAUACAGUAAAUAGGUGUGCUGUGAGUCCCACAGGGGACAAGUUGUACAUCACUAACAAAACCCAGCACAAGCUUAUCACCCUGGCCAGGGAUGGUUCAGUCCUGGCCACCUUCACUGACCCUGCACUACAAGAACCAUUUGAUGUACACGUGACACCUGCAGGCCAGGUGCUGGUAUGCGGAGGCCGGUCAGACACUAUCAUACAGGUGGACGAUGAGGGCAGAAAGAAGCUGGCUAUUCUUGCUACACAGGAGGAUGAAAUGGUGGCCCCACGGUCAGUCUGCUACAACAGACACACUGCGUCCAUCCUUGUGGGACUUUGCAACAACAGUAUCCUGGUGUUCAAAGUGCAAUAGCAUAACUCUACAUGUAUCCUGAUUGAUGAUUCAGAUUAUUUAUUGCCAUGGAAUUAUGUUGUGCAUUAAAAUAUGUUUGUGUUAUAAUACUACAUGUGUUAUAAUACUACAACAAUGUUAGUAAUAUUACAGAUGCAUUUAUUUUGUAAACAAAUAAUGCCAUUAGUUGAAAGAAUAUAAAGACUUUCUGGGAUCAUAAGAACUAUUAUAGAAUAUAUUAUAUUGUUGCAUCUAUUACAAUUGUUUUAUAUUUCUUUUUUACUUAACAAGGUGCCUAGAACUGCUAGACAAAUUUGAGUUCAGAAUAUAAUUUCUGUAAUUUACAUAACAUAAAUAUUUUGAAUCUAUAAUAUUAUAUAGGCUGUCAUUUCUGUUAACAUAAAUUAAAAAAUUAUUAAAGAUUACUGAAAAAAAAUAAUCCUUGAAUUUGAAGCAUCAUGAAUGGUUUUGUUUUCUGCGCUGAAAAAAAUUUCUUUUGUGAUAUUUAAUUACAUUUCAGCAUUGCUGUCUAACAAAGGUUUCGAUCUGAAUUAAUAUCCAAUGAAAUUUUGAUAUUUUAUGCAAGUAGACCUAAUUGAAUAAAUGUUCAAUCAGCAUGACCAAUAUGAAAAAUGCUGCAAUACAGGAUUUUGCUAUAAAGAACCUGAUUUAACAGUGUGAAACUAUUUGAUAAAGUUUAGAUAUGUUAAGCAGCUACAGCAGUUUGACACUGUCAAAAAAAAUCUUUUUGUGUGUACCUUUUUAUAUUUAGUUUAGUCUAAACCUAUUUAUUUUAGCUCGACCGCAUAUAUAGUAAGCGUAAGGCUUAUUUCAAACGCUCUUGUGUCCGUUUCAUGGCCCUAGAAGCAGUACUUGGUAUGUAUUGAAAAGAUCUUAAGAACGCUCCUACGAUGGGGAUCGAACCGGUGAACUCUCGGUCGCUAGGCAGACACCAUAUCCACUACGCCAAGGCGACCCUUUAUAUUUGUCAGAGCGUUUAUAUGUGCAGGCUGUGUUAUCAUAUAUAAAAAUUAGUAUUAUAUUGCAUUCUGUGCUCUGGUAUAUAAUAUA